UUGUUAGCAGAUUGUGGCUCAGUGGUAAAUAAUACUUUGAAAAGCCCUGGUUUACCAAAUGACUAUCCAAGCAACAUGGAUUGUGUAUACAGGGUUUCCAUUCCACCAGACAUGGCGUUGAAAAUCAUCUUCCUUUACUUCCGUUUACAGUAUCCCGGUUAUGGAGGAAGAUGGUAAGCAUUUAACAAUAAUAAGCAUUUAAGCAAAAAUAAGAAAGCGCAUCGCCAAUUAGUACAUCUAGAAACUCUGACAAGCAAAUUUUCACUAAUUUUAUAUAAAUAAUAACCAAGCGGGUAGCACUAGAACAUUAUUAUCUUCCAAAAAAGCAACCUUCAAGGGGCUGUGUCACACUAACUGCUGUUUUUUUAAAAAAGCGAUAUCUUUUUUCGUAUCAAUCGACUUCCAAAAAUAAUAGUCCAUUUUUGUUAUUCAAGACCAUAUUCAGGCACUGAAAUUGUUUCCCGUCGUCUGCUGUAAUGGAUUGAAAGAAUGGACAUGUUUUGGUUUUUCAAGUAUUAAUGCUAUGCCUUUUAAAAUCGCCAAAAAAUAUAUAUAUUAUGGUUAGUGCAUUGUAAUGAAAUUUGUUUGAUAUCUGCCUCAUAACUCUAAAGCGGCAUUUUGUGUAACGGUAAAGGCACUAAGUAAUGACUUCAGCACACAGUUGACCUAAAACAGCAAUAUCAUCAUGACAUAGCUCCUUUAGCAAUAGGUACACUUUGAAAUGUUUUCACGGGCAAAAAAUGUUAGAACCGAAUGAUCGCUGAUCCCUUGCCGCACUAGUAAGAACGUAAGUAAGUAAUCGGUUUAAUAACAGCGUUUCUACUUUGUGGCUCUUCGUCUGUUACUUAUAACUAAAAAAAAUAUAAAAUAUGUAUCAAAUAUUUACAAUAAAAAUAUACUAUAAAAAAAAUAGCGCAAAAAACGAUUGAAAGGGAAAGUAUCUGCAAUGAUCGUAUGAACAAAACUUAAAAUACAAUUCAGUAAAGCUGGCCUCUGCCCGGCUCUUAAAGAAUUUAAAAAUGCGUGAACUAAAUAGAUUAAAAUCGUCACAUUUCUUAACAUUAUCAGGAACAUUAUUAAAAGGGCAGCCGUAUUCUGGAAGGCUCCUUUUUCCAGAGGAAGUUGUAAUCUUUUACAGCCCGAGGAGUGCAAACUUCUACAUAUAAAGACUCUCUCUAAGUUUAAAUAUGAAGGCCACUGCUUAGUGUGAAGCGCUUUAAAAGUCAACUUAAGCAAAUUAAAGUCCCUUCCCUUCACUAGUGAUCUUAAGCUUGAACUCACCGCUUUUGAUCCCUGAAACCGCUGCUGUGAUCCCUGUUCCCAUCCCCCCGUUUAUGCCAUUGAUCCCGACAGCACAAACCUCGUUUCUCCAGUAACGCAUGUAUGUAUGGAAACGCCAAAUUGCAAUGUUGGCGGGUUUUAAGCGAUGAUUUGCCUGUCAGCAAAUGCUGUGAAUUCGUAUAAAAGAAACCGAGGGAUAUUCCAUAUAAUAUUUUAUACUAUUAUUUUCAUUAAUUGGAAACGACCUAACGGAAAACAAAUUUUAUUUCAACUGAGUCCAGAGAUGAAACAACUAUUCGUAGGGUAUAGGAAUCCUAUCGAAAAAGCAACGGUUUUGGGACGAUGGACCAGUGUGCAAGGCAAAAAACUAAAUGGGAUCAGAGGUGAAAAGAUGUACAGGUAACUCUUUUCGAUUCCCAUCCAAUUCCUAUUAAUCGCAAACCAUUUUUCACCAAAUGUUUGAAUCCAGGCCGGAUCAUAUCCUUAGAGUAACGAAGAUUCCAAUAUAAUCCUUAGCUCAUAACGUUAUUCAUGCAAAAACUUCAAUGAAAUCCAUAAGUUUGCUGAGCAGAGGUAACAUACUGUAUGAUACUCCUUGCAGCAACGAUUAUCUGGAAAUUGCAAAUGAGAACAGCGUGGCAGUUGGUAAAUACUGUGGUUGGCAGACCAGUAAAGUCAUUUAUAUUGGUGGAAACGAAGCAGUAUUGACAUUCCACUCUGAUAGUUCUUCUGAAACAAGAGGAUUUUAUCUCUUCCUCACAUUAACUCAACCGUGUAAGUGUAACGAUAUGUCGACUUCACUAUCUUUGAUUCCACAUGGGAAACAACUGUAAAGUAAAAAUCCAAUUCUUUCUUUGCGAAAAGACCUUUUGAAAAUAAAGAUACGUUGACUUUUGAGUAACAGCUGGAGUUAAUUCCCCUUCUUGUUGGUACUUAGGCACACAAAAACUCAAAGACAUAACCAUAUCGAUCAACUCACUCGGAGAUUCGCCGAGCCAAACGGCCAAACUCUUAAGUCCUCAUUAGCCUAGCUUUCGCCCUACUAGAUCCAAGACGACCGAGUGAUCCGCCAUAUUUGCAUUCUGUUUAUGGAAGGAAAAUUGUCACACAAUUGUAGAAUUAAAUUGUCAAUUCUCUUCAGUCUUGUGAAUCAUUGUCAUCAUCGUUAUCGUUAUAAUUAUCAUUUUCAUUAUUAUUAUUAUUAUUAUUAUUAGAGAGGAGCAGCCAAUAUAUCAUUACAUCGGAAAGUGGGCAAGCCAGAAUUUAAGUAGUAACUUUUUAUCAGUUUGAAUUAUUAUUUUUAGAUAGUUUUAUUUUUUUAUUAACUCUUUGAUGCUUUUUACAAUUGUUUGUUUAUUCAUGCCUUUUACAGCUCUGCCAAACAUAAAUAUGCCGGUUCCAGGUACAGUUGUUCGCCCAUUCUCAGGUCACUUAAUAAGUAUGUGUGCAGCAACAGGAACUCCCCCAGUAUACGUAGCAAUUGUGUUGAACUCUACAGUUCUGGCCAAUAAAACCAAUACUGUAGACAUCAGAUUGUAUGAGAAUGGAAUCUACAAUUGCGUGGCUAGUAACCACUAUGGAACAGACACAAGAGUUAUUCCCGUCGUUGUCACAGGUUAGAGAAAAUAAGCAGUAAGGAUAAAUUACAUUUAUCAUCUCUUAGUCUAGAGUGUAAGCAAACCUUUUUCAACAACAACGAUUGAUUACACAUUCCAGUAGAUACAUUUGACAAAAUCAAAGAAUACAAAUAAACAAAGGAAAAGAUUUCACACAACCAGUGCUAGCAUUGGCUAGUUGACGCGGAAGGUGGAAUGGAGAACAAAAUUUAUGCAUUUUCAACACUUAACCAGUAGAAAACGUUUUCCGUGUUUGCAUAGACUGAUACAGACAUGAGAGGGGUUGGGGGAAUUCGAGACAGUUAUGCAAAUCCGAGACGAAGUCGAGGGUUUGCAGAAGUGUCAAGAAAAGUUUUCUAUUGCUUUUAUGAAAUAAAUUUCCCGAGACUAAAAAACACAAAAAUCUUUGUUAUGGCACUGGCUUAAAGAGAAAUUCACACCAGUCGCGAAGUCUUGUACACGACGUUUUGCCCGCGUAAGCAUUUCUUAUUUUGCAAAAGAGAUGCUUUCAAAAUUUCGAUUUUUUCUCACUUACAAUGUCAGUUUAAGCGAAAAAAAACUGACAUAUCAUGUUUGUAAAGAUUUUCCAAGUUUCAGCUGACGAGGGAAUGGGUAAAUAAAGUAAUUCGUGCCUGCGUGAUUAGCUAGCGGAAAGCAAACCAUCUUAACGUCGCAUCGAUGUUUACAUACUCUCAUGCAAACACGACCCUCGGCCAAUCAUAGCGCGCGUACCAUCUUGGUUAUUAGUCUCGCUUGCGUAAGCAACGAGACUCAUAAUCUGCAACGCGUUUUUCGUCGUAUUUUGUACACAAAUGGGAGCUCAUAGUGCCGGGCGUUCCUUGCGGAGACCGUGGAAACUGCAUGGGACUAAGAAUCAUUGCGUGAUCGAAGACACGCAUGUUUUGCGAAGAAAGCUUAGGAAAGAUUAAAUUUAGAGCUUUUCCGAAACAUGUCGGUCCACGAAUUCUAUCGCUUGAAAGCGUUGAUUACAUUGGAACAAGUGAAAACUACAGAGUAGUCGAAAAAAAAUAAGAAUCUGAAUUAGCAAAACUGUGAUGGUCGGGUGUUAAAGACUUUCACUGUAUGCGAAUGGGUCUUGUGAUGAGCAUGCGGUUUAUUUUCGGCGAUGAUUAAAUGACGUGCCAUGUAAAUCACUUUUUUGAUCUCUUGCAAUGAUACAAUUUCUCUGGAAUCGAGGCCCUUGAAUUUUCGUGUAUUUAUACGCGCGUAUAGCCGGCGACAGCAGACGUAUUUCCGGUCGUCGGUAACACGCGUACUAAAUCAGUUCAGAAACAAAUAAAAAGUAUCGACGUCGACAAAGUAGGAAGUAAAAAACCUUCAGCGAGUAAAUCCUGUUUUGUGUAGAAUUAAUCGCCUCCCGAUUUCUCGAUCUAAUAUCCAAGGAAGCAAGACUAACUGCCGCUGUAAGAGCGUCCUUGCUUUAUAAAAACAUACUCGUCUCCUUCUAUCUCAUUUUUCUUUCAGUCCAGACUUAGCCGAGACUGAAAAAAAAAUAAGUCUCUACGACAUAUAUUAUUCUGAUUAUAGAUCGCUCGAAGGAUAGAUAAUUGUAUUCGCGUGAAAAUUGCGGCCAAAGGCUGAAUUGCCCUAAGAUUUAUAAUACCUGUAUGUUGAAGGGAAGCAAGACUAAGAACUACUGUAAAUCGAAUUAUUAAUUGUAAAAGUGACUUAAACUAAACCUGUUCUCAGGCUUACAUCAAUCUUUCGGUUUUGUUAUUUAUCGAUGCUCAAGCGUGAGAUAAAUCCCUCCUACCUGUCGUUUAUUACAUGAAGUAGUAAUCAAGACACAUUUCGUGUGAACUUACAUCACGUGUAGGGGAUAAAGGAGCACACUGCGGACUAGCUGUGUCUUUUCUUUCAUGCUAGUUUCAGUUGUAGUUUCACAACCAGCAAUCCCCUAAUUUAUGUAUUAAGAGGAUACAACACUACCAAAUUCAAAUAUCAACACUUAGGAGCUGUUUACACUAAAGGGGAGGGAGAUGCUAGCACGACGAAGAUCCUACAACGUGGACCAUCCUAGCGCCAUAUGUUUUUUGUAUUCGGUUUACGUGAAAAGGGUUGUACUUAUCCAUGGCGCUGGGAUCUUCCUAGCUGAGAGAUCUUAGCACCGUGUAAACUGCCUUUGCUAAGAAGAUCCUAGUACCAGGGACAAACCAGACAAAAAUGGCGACGAGCCGUUCAGUCGAUAAUCACGGCAAUAAAGGCCGACCAUUUCGUUUAGCUUCACCAUGAGUUUAUUAUUGUGAUAAUUCUGCUGAAAGGUGGUUAUUACCGCCAGUAAAGAGAGCAAACGGACCGAAACUUCUGUAUGCAAACCUAACGAAAAGUUGUUCCGCCUUCUAGGAUGUUCCUCCCUCCAUGUAAACAGCCCCUCAAUGACCAAAGGCUACCUCAGACCAGACAUUUGUUACAACUACAGCAUUAACAGCUGAGUUUUCUUUUCUUUGACAGGAUGUGGCUCUGUUACUAACAAUACGCUAAAAAGUCCUUAUUAUCCGAUGGACUAUCCAGGCAGUGUUGACUGUGUUUACAGGGUUCCUAUUCCAGGAGGCAUGGCACUGAAAAUUUUCUUUCAAGACUUUUUUCUAGAGAAUCCCACUUCUUGGAGUAGAUGGUAAAUGCACAUUAACGCCAUCUUGAAUUUAAUAUAAAGUUCACACCGUCAAAGGUCUAUCUUUUUGCAUCUGAAAACAUCAAUGGGCUACUUUCCCUCUCCAUUCAAAUUUAUUCCCUUCUCGUCUACUAAUUGUCGUUUUUUUACGCUCGUGUUAGAUAGUAUUCUAUAUCUAUAUAUCUUGUCAUAUCAUAUCACAUGCAGGUUAAAUAUCAUAACUUACGUCAUUUCAUACAUGUAUAAGUGAUUCCAAAACAAUAGUGAUAAAAAAAAUUAAGGGGAUCUAUGAAUUAUAACAUGUAACAAUCCUUGCAGCUACGAUUAUCUGGAGAUUGCAAAUGAAAACAACGUGGCAAUUGGUAAAUACUGUGGCUGGCAUUCCGGUAAGAAUAUCAGUAUAGGAGGGAACGAAGCGAUACUGACUUUCCACUCUGAUAAUUAUAAUGAAGCGAAAGGAUUUCUUUUGUACUUCACACCUGUUCAACCUGGUAAGUGCAAGUAUAGCCUUCUUUAAAAUAUCUUGUUAUAUUCCUAGACUUUCACUCAACUAAACAGGGACUGCUAUUGGUUGAUUCUUGGUCACGUGGCCUUGACUAAAAUCAAAUGUAUCCCGAUCGUGAUACAUUAAACAAUGUAUCCCGCUCGGGAUACAUUGCAGCACGUGAUCAAAGCAUGGUGGAAAGUGGUGUGACAGAAGGCGGGAAAAACACCACCAGGUCCAGCCAGUUUUCUUUUUCGUGAAUGAACACAACAACACAAAAACGAAGCCUCAAGCUAAAAAGCAACUAUUUUUAAAGUAUCCCAGAAGUCCCCAGAAGAAAAACAGCAGCUAGUGGAGGAAAAAGAUGCAGAUAAUAUGAGGAAAGUACUUUUGUUUGUAAAUCACUCAUUCAGUGGUUUUGAGAAUUAAAUUUGUGUUGUUAUGAGUACCGAGUCGUCUGUUUUGGUUCGCUCCGGUUAUUCUUUUGUUGCUGUUGAAGUGAAAGUCUAGAAAUAUAACAAAACACUUAAUGUCAGGUCCCUCGGGAAACCAGUUAGUUUUGUUUUCCCUCGAGUCCUGAUGUUUCCCUCGACUUCGUCUCGGGAAACAUCAGGACUCUUGGGAAAACAAAACUAACUGUUUCCCUCGGGAUCUGACAUUAAGUGUAUAAUGUUAUACGGGACAUAAAGUUUGGAAGAAAGCCGAAACUCUAAUUUAAAAUGAAAAAUCAAAUGAUCUAAAGUAUCCAGACUGUAUCUCUCGCCCUCAUAUGUAACAGACUUAUGCAUGCUAACUUGUCGUGAACCAUUUUACAAUAGGGUAGUUACUUUUUGUUGUUGUCGUUGUUGUUAUUGCUGUUCCUAUUGUUGUUAUACGGUUAUCUGUUCAUUUUUACCUCUUCUAGCUCUUCCAAACAUAACUAUGCCAAUUCCAAGCACAGUUGUGCGAACAGUCGCAGGUCAUUGGUUACUACGAAUUUGUGAAGCAACAGGAACUCCUCCAGUAUACACAGCAAUAGUGUGGAACUCUACAGUUCUGUUUAAUAAAACCAACACCGUGGACGCCCGUUUGUAUGAAGAGGGAAACUAUUACUGCGUAGCAACUAACAACUAUGGAACAGACACAAGAGUUAUUCCUGUGGUUAUCAUAGGUAAGAACUUUGGAGUUUUAUUCUGUGCCAUCAGAAUAAUUGUCAAAUUUCCCCCGUGAUUUGAGUUGCUCUCUGUUUGGUAGACUCUCACAAAGUUCUUUGUAAUCGCGCGGUUCAGUUCAGUAUUUUAUCAAGUACAACGAAAUAUGUCUUUUCAGCUGUAUGACUACUUUGGUUGGAGUAACUGUUGUUUACCACCCUGCUACUUCUCAGUUACUGCCAAAUUGUUACCGCGUAUUACUUUUAACAAGAGAUCGAGACAAGCAAAGUCUAUCCUUUUGAUUAAUAAACUGAUAAACGUUUAGGGAUCACAUUAGGAAAUACAUGAGUUAGUAAAGGUACUGACGUAGGCUAGGAAAAAUCACUAACCUUGGUUGGAGAGAGAAACUCUGGGCCAUCAAGUUAUCACUAUAAUAAUUAGUUAGUGCAAAUGUUAGCCUUUUUUGCAAGGCAGAAGUUUAGUAAAAGUAACUAAAGCGAGAGGAACAAGCUUAAGUAAGGGCGCAAAUAAGGACUUUGUGACAAGCCUAAGAGAGCGUGUUAGACUACUUGUGACGUAUGUCUGUCCGGCAGCCGGGGAUGAUAGUGAACCAAAAGUCGAAAGCAAGUUUCUCGCUGCCUAUGAAUUUCUGCAACAUUUUGUGUGCAUGAAAUGCAUUUAUUGUUCAUAGAACAACAUUAAUGAAAUAAUGUUCUACUAUCAAUAUUUUCAGAGGCCACUCAGUUUUAGCUUCCAUCAAUUUCCAUUUACUUCUAAGAGUCUGCUGGACACCUUUACAUGCCUUACUAGGCCAUUUCCGAGUUCCCCCGGGUCUCUUUAUCAAAACGUGGUUAAGUGCCCGGCCUUUGAUAUUAAAACGAUUAUCAUUCUACUGCAAACAAAAUUUAUUUUCACAAGAAAGGUCGUGCACUUGGCCUCAUUUUGAAAGUGAGGGUUUUUGGAACUUGGAAGUGGCCUAUUUCCCAAGGACUUAAGCCAUCUGCUUUUUAAUCUUUGCGUCUUGUUUUUUCUCAAUAAUGGUAUCUGUGUGUUUGUACUUGAUGCGACGACGAAAACGACUUCCACUUUAUUUAACUUUUAACAUGGACAAGUUAGGAAAAAUGCGUCAACACUACUGGAAGGGAAGCCUUAAAAUAAGUAAAUUUUGCGAAGUUUGAAGGUGAUUUGUUGAAAACUAACGAGGAUAUAGCCCCUCAAAGUCGCGAAAUUUUACAGACGUUUGUGUUGUGGGGACACAAACUUGCCUCCACCAUACAAUGUCUGCAAAUUUUCGCAGCUUUGCGGAGCUAUAAAGUAAAACCCCGCGACUAAGAACCUGGACUUUAAGAACUCGUUAGGCUAAGAUUUGCCAGUUAAGCCCACACUAUAUAAGAACUUGUUUAGCCUAAAAUUUGAAACAGGAUCUUACUUGCAAAAAUACGUAAAAAUUCUGUACACCUGGGAUAGGUGCCUUACCACUCCAACUGCAUUGUAACGCCCCGUGCAAACGGACGCAUGGAUGUUACAUGUUGCGUGUUCUUGUUCCGUGAUCGCCGAAGCAUAGCGCAACAAUGUUGGAUCCACUGCCAACAUGCACGCAACAACUCCCAACAUUGUUGGCCCAACAAUGUUUGGAGUUGUUCAUUCCGUUUGGACGCAGCCUAAUGGCAUACAGAUUUUAUAGCAGAAACAAACUGAACCACUAAAUAAUCUUAGCUAUGUUGUUUUUUUUUUCUUCUUCAGAAAAUAAAUCCUAUUCUGUUUAUCGCUGGAUUUUAUUGUUAGCAGUAUCUUCUCUCGCUUAAGACUUAACACUUUCAAAUUUGGCAAUUUUAGUAAUUGUAAGGCGCUUUCUUCAUUGUUGUCGACGGAUUUUCCAUAUCAAAAAUGGAAAAAAAUCGUGGAAGAUGGAAACUGCUGAGAUUACUGAAUAUUAGUACUAAAGUUUCAGAGAGUACUUUAGGUCGCUCCGUCGUAAUGACUGUAAUAUUGAUAUCCCAUUUGUGUUUCUUUAAUAGGAUGUGGCUCGGUUAUCAAUAACACACUGAAAAGUCCCAAUUAUCCAAUGGAUUACCUGGGCAAAAUGGACUGCAUUUACAAUGUGACUAUUCCGCAAAACAUGGCACUGAAAAUUUUCUUUGAAGAUUUCCUUCUACAGAAUCCUUCGGUGUAUAAUGAUGAAUGGUAAAUAACUAUAAGUUAUAUUUAUAAAGUUUUGUUUUGGUCACAGAGACUGAGAAAAAUUGUUGCUGUUGGUCAAUCCAAGAAAAAUUAACAUGUACGCUUUAGAACUUCAUCGCUUCGCUCCCCCACUUUUAAAUUUUCCUGAAAACGUCGUCUCUUCAAAUCCUGGCCAAAAACGUCGGAACAAUUUUUAGUUCGUUCAUUUGUAGUUCUAAAAUUGGGAGCCAGAAAUCAAACACUUUUUAAAAAUUAUUGCACAGGUUUUAGGUUUUCCACAUCGUUCGGGAGGGAGUUGGGAAGAAAUCAUUCUAAGCUCGUAUGUACAACAUGUAAAUAUUCGGUUUCUUGCAAAUCAUACACCAUCAAAAGGGAGAGACGAAAAGUGAUGUAAAUCCUAUUUGCAAGGAUUUUAGCUACCUUUUCGAUAAUGAGAGUUGAGUUUUUGAAAUAGACACAACUUAAAGUUAAAAUUUCAGAAGGGUAUCAACUGAAAAAGGAAAUACGCUGCUUGAAUAGCCUGCCUUUACUGGCCUGUAAAACAAGCCGUUUCUAACAAUUGUGAACGCUUUUUAAUUAUUCAGUUGGAAACAACAAAGGGUAGCUUACCGUAGAUGUCCUAUUAAACGCCCGCGGCGUCUAUUUAAUUUUAGGGGUCCAAGCGGAGGCGUUCAAAAAAGAGACUGGAAGACGUUUAUUCUCAUAACUGUAACAAGCUCAACAAAACUAAUGUGCUUUCAGCAAAAGUAUCAAGAGAGUUUAAAAGUAUCAGAAUGUCCACUCCAUCAAUUGAUACGUCAAGGCCGUCCAGAGAUUCAUAUCGCUCUUUUGAUCCCAACAUCGAUGUCAGAAUCCUCGCUCAGGGUUAUUGUGUUGCCGUCAUUAGUCUAUCUUUACUUUGAACCUGUCAUUGGACAAGAUGAAAUUUUUUAUACGUAAAACCUUAUUUUUCAAGCAAGAAACUGAAUGAAUUGAAUGACUUCUCAAUUUCGCCAUUUCCUAAUAUUUUUUAGCAAUUUUUAAGGGGGACGUCCAUUAGACAGGGGGCGUGUAUUAGAGAGGGGCGUCUAAUUAACAAUUAUUCCUCUCGCCCUCAUGGCCUCUGAGUCAAUAAACUAUUCGGCCUUCGGCCUCACGGGCUAUUGACUCAGAGGCCAUGAGGGCGAGAGGAAUAAUUGUUUUAGUAGAAUCCAACUAGUUGGUAAAAAAUGUCGCGACAAAACAGCUUCAGCUACUUAAAGCUAGUUAAUCCUUUUUUGCCGCCAAAAAACCCUCGCUAUUCGACACUAGUGGGCUGUAACAUAUAGCCUAGUAGUAGCUCAACCAAUCAGAACGCAGCAUUGAUAAUAGACCACUAGUUGGAUUUUACUAAUUAAUUGUAAAUGCGCAAGGGAGGCGUUUAUUACAUAAAAGGCGUAUUCGAAAGUGGGAAUUUAUUAGGUCAUUUACGGUAUUUCAUUUUAAGUGUUUCUUUGUUUGUUUGUUUGUUUGUUUGUUUUUUCCUUAAGCUACGACUAUUUGAAAAUUACGGAUGAGAAUUCCAAUCAAAUUGGGAAGUACUGUGGUACACAGUUCACUGGAAGGGAAGUAUUUGUUGGAGGAAAGAAAGCUCUGUUAACAUUUCACUCGGAUAGUUAUCUCCAGAGAAGAGGAUUUCUCUUGAAGUUUAAUACUAUUCCGCCAAGUAAGUACGUUUGAAACCAUCAGGCAGUUAUCGUAGGGGAAUGUGCUUCGUCAAGAUCAUCAACAACAUUAACACAGGAACAACACUCUUGCAUAGUGAAUUAAAAGUAAAUGUCACGCUGGUUAGCUCAGUUGGGAGAGCGCCGGUCUGCUGAGCGGGAGGGCACGGGAUCGAACCCCGGCCGCACCAAAACUCAGGGUAUUUAAAUAACUGAGAAGAAAGUGCUGCCUUUGUAAUGACAUCUGCAAACGGUUAGACUUUCUAGUCCUCUCGGAUAAGGACGAAAACCGUAGGUCCCUUCUCACAGCACUUACACUUAUCUGGUUCUUGUGGGACGUAAAAGAACCCAUACCACUGUUCGAAAAGAGUAGGGAACGUAGACCUCGGUGUUGUGGUCAACCUUCACACAUCACAUCAUUCACAUCAUGGGCUAGGUGGGUACAGUAAGCUCACAAAUGGACUGAGAGCGGCUGCCAGUAGUGCCUUUGUAUGUCUUGCAUGCUGACGCCCGAGCUUACUGUUCACAUGUUAAAAAAUGUAUUGUAAGAGGACAAGUCUCUUGUCCUAUCAUCCACGACUCUUCAUUCGUUCAUUCAAAAUAAACAAGAGGUCCUCAAUGCGAUACCAUUAGUCGUAAAACAGCCUAAACAAAAUCUUUUCACUCGGAACAAGGCGGAAAACUCAUCUUGCCCACUCGGGUAGCCAAUAAGGGCUCAACCUUCACCUCAUCUUGUUCGCUCGAUAAGCAAGCCAUAUUGAGUAAUAAGUCACACUUUUGACUUUCCUAAGAAAAACUAGGAAAGGGGCCGGUCACGAAAACGAAGGUUCAAGUUUAGAGUCGGAGUCUGUCGUGUUUUCUUUCAGUUAGAAGACAAAACAAAGCAUGAGUUGAACUAGAAACUGAAUCCAUAAAAGUAGGGCCGAUGUUCUUUUAAUUCUGAAAACAAAAAUGCCAAAUUGAAUUUCCUGCACUUCUUUUGAACAAUUUGUUAUUUGGUUCAUUUUGAGUAUAAAAAACUUAAUCCAUUAACUCACUAUAAAACUAGCUUCUUAUUGACAAUUUUUUUGCAUAGCCUCUCCCAAAAUAAUUCUGCCAGACCGUGGUCCUGUUGUUGGCGCAUUUGCUGGCGCUGACUUUUGGAUAUCAGCGACUGGAACGCCACCCGUAUUCAUGACAUUGAUAAAGGACUCAACAAUACUUGAAAAAAAUAUGCAAACUAUAAAUCGUCGACUACUUGUUGAAGGAAACUACAGUUGUCUAGCAGUUAACAAUUACGGAAAUCUCACGAGGGUUGACUUCCAAGUCGUCUUUUUUGGUAGGUAUUAGUUUUGACAUAUCAUUUAGUAUAUGCUGUCACUUUCUCUCUUUGUUCAAUUUAGUUUAAAAAAUAAUUACUUUCGCUCUGUAUACGCGAUUAUAAGAUAUUUAACAAUUAUUGAAUGAGGGUACGUAGGAAGUGAAGAAUUAUAUCCAGUUCGUGGAUAACAGUCUCCGCAAGUUCAGUAUACGUUUUCACAACAUACGAAAACUGAACUCAAUAAUUGUUCUAUUGUUCAUUCAAUUUUGUUUCAAAAAUUUUUCAAAAAAUUUUUCGGUUUUGGAAAAUAAACAAAUAUUUUCUCUUGUAGAGACUCCUCAAAAAAUAGAUAACAUCCCAUAAUUAUAUGUUUUGCUUAUUCUAGCAUUUCUUCCGUUCAGUAAUCACAAAUUUAGCUGAUUCGUCCUCGGAUAGCCUCGAGCGCCAGUUUUUUUAUUCACAUUGCCUAAAAGUAUCGCCUCGAUGGCAAACUGACUUUGGCGUAUUUAAACAAAUGAGACAAUACAAUUAAAGGGUUUUGUUUAUCGUUUGUUUCAAGAUAGUCAGUUAUGGAUCUCCACGUUUCGACCGCGUACUGCAACUCUUCACCAGCGAAAGUAUCAACUUAGGGCCUGGAGGUGUGGGACCCUAGGUAGGUGAGGUAACAUGUGGCGGGUCACCCCACCUAACAUGUAAACAUGAUCAAUUUAAAAUGAGAGAUUAUCUCAACAGGCGGAUUAACCCACCUUAGUGAGUUACCUAGUCACCUACCUGGGGUCCCCCACCAACAGGCCCUUACUGAGUGGUACUAAAUAUACCAAUAUUACAUUGUUGCUAGUCAAAAAAUUGGUUUAUCUCGAAACUCACUCAUUUAGUGGAGGAAGAAACUGUUCCGGGCUCAGGGGUCCCUCGUGGUACCGACCGGCUGUUUUGUACUCUAAUCUUAGGCAUCCACGCUUUCGGAAUCUCUAUUCCACUGUCCCAUGGCCUAUUGUGUUGUAAGAGCGAAGUCUUAUGUGAAUGGCCUCUUUAACCCUACGAAAGUGCCAGUGAAGGUCUCGGUCAGUAAACUUAACCCCGUCUCAAGGGGGACAAUGCCCAGUCUUAUUGGCUGUUCAGAGACGGUUGACUUUUUAAUUCGGGAAAGCCGUAUAUCCCUUUCAUUAACUGUUAAUGAUCCAUUCAUCUAUGCAUCUUCCCGUUUACCCCAUGUACAUUUAUUACUUUUUGCACUUAGAUUGCAGGCCAAAUUGUGCUCUGUCAUGGUCCAGUGAUUCAGGGAAUGAAUUUCGCUGCAAGAACAUAACAUCACUUACGCACAUUCUUGAGAAAUGUGCUCCCACGAUCACUGAAAGAAUGUAAGCAAGUUUUUGAAAACCACACAGUAAUUUUUUACGACUUAUUUCGAGAUCCCGAGUUUGAUUUUCAGGUGUGACCUAAAAUCGUUGUUUGGACUUCUGUCCCUUUCCGUGUAGCUUUAAGUAGCCUUGAAUACCCUUAAAACGGAGAAAGGAAGCAGGAGAGCGUUGAUUAAAAUGACCUUGCCAUCGACCACGGGUUGCUAGUGAUAUGAUGACUGCUACGAGUCACCAGCAAAUUUAAUAAAGAUCAUUUACCUUUAAUUUUCCUCACGUUUAACUUGAUUUCUAUAAUGUUUGACAGGUAUUUACCUUCGCACGCUAUUCCAGCACUGCACGGCAAUGAGUUUACUAGAUUAAUAUUUCUUAAAUAUCUGUAAGUAGAGAAUCGUAGAGGAUUCCUGUUUAAGUUACCACAUUAUAUUUAGCAAUUAUUGAAUGAGGCAGAGUAGGAUUUGAAGAAUUCUAACUAAGGGAAAGUUCAACAAAAAAAAAGAAGAAGAAUGAACAAAAGUGCCGUGUUUUGGUUUGAGUUUUUCUCCAAACGUUUCGGGCCUGGCCCUUCAUCAGUUACAAAGUACGUUGGAAACGCUUCAAUGUUUGCAUACGCCGUGAAAGAAAAAAAAACUUUGUGGUGCUCGCGUUCUGCACCCGGCCUAGAGGAUAUGGAAGUCGGAGUUUAAGCCGCGUGGAUGACUGGUGCCAAGCUGAAAAAUAAGGCGCAUCUCCAGGCGCUUCCGUUGCACGUUUUCUCAGCAGAGCAUAAUUCCGCAAGAUAGAGCGCCGUAGAUCGAGUGACCAGCGUGUUAGUUAAAAUGCUUCGCGAAAGGGAAACCAGGCAAGUUCUUUUCUUUGCUUCGAAGGUGCUCGUCAAAACGUUGUCUUAGUGUACGCCUUGUUUCGCCAAAUUAUUAUUCCUUCGACCCAGAUCUUGGCGACAGUCUUUCUACAUUUACCUCCUUUCAUUUCCCAGAUUCUGAACUUUAUCUGUAGAAUGGUUUUGAUUUUUAUUUUGAUCUAUUUUGGAUGGCGUGACACUGAAAACCAGCCAUAUGCUCAACAGUAGCUGGUUAUGAUGAAUUAUGCGAUUGAAUUUAGCCAAUCAGAAACGGAGAAAUAUUUUGAAUAAAUAAUAAUAAAAUAUAUAUUAAUGGGAGUUUACGUGGUAACCUAUGGAACCACGCCUCUCUUCCGGUAGCUGACCCUAAGAGAUGACGAUUUCUUUCCAUAAAUAAUUUAGCACCUCUACAAUCGGAAUGUUUGCUAAUUUCGUCCUCUUGAUGUCCAUAGGAGAGGUUAGUGUAUAAUGGCAACGAAAAUAAUUUCAGAAAGAGCGCUUUAAUUAAAAAUCAUCUCAUGAAAGCUUGUUUCAAAAGGUCAAGAUAUUAGCCCAUUCCUAGGGCCUGGAGAUAGAAUGAGGUAGAAGUCUUUUUGAUGGACAGUGCCUUUCUUCUUACUAUUAUUAUUAUUAUUUAUUAUUAUUAUUAUUAUCAUUAUUAUUAUCAUCAUCAUCGUUAUCAUUAUUAUUAUCAUCAUAUUAAUUAACUUUAUACCAUAAUACAACAUACUGGCCGAACCCAUUCCUAGGGGCCUAGCCAGGGUUAUAAUGAGGAAGAAGUCUAUUUGAUGAAGACAGCCUUUCUUCUUCCUCUUCUUCUUCUACUUCUUGUUAUUAUUAUUAUUAUUAUUAUUAUUAUUAUUGAGAAAUAAUUACUAAUUCUCUUUUAUUUGUUUCAGAGACUUGUCUUCAAAUGCCAUUUAACAUCAUCAUUAUCAUUAUCAUUAUUUUCAUUAUAAACAUCACGAGAAAUAAUUACCAAUACUGGUUUAUUUGUUUCAGAGACUUGUCUUCAAACGCCAUUGAGCAUUUACCGGAAGGUGUGUUCUCAACACUGGAAAGACUUGAAGAUCUGUAAGUUUGUAUGUGUUUGUUAGUAUUCUUUCUCGAAAAAAAAAACGCACACAGUUGUAACGAAAGUGUCUUCUCUUAGCUUAAAUGAGGCAGCCCUCAAUUCGGACACUUUUGGCAGUUUUUCUCAAUCCACUAUGUUGUUUCCCUUAUAUUGUGGCUCGCAACUUGCCAAUGAAUCUCUAGUAUAUUCUCUUCUUGUUUCAGCAAUGAGCAACUAAAAAAAUAAGUAAAUAGAACUUUAAUAGAUUUCACAAUUACUAGUUAGCCCAGUAGUUUACAUUGUGGCCCCGUCUACAAAUAAUUCUAAAUUGUAAAAGAUAUCGUAAAAAGAAGUUAAAGGGUAAAAAAUCGAAAAUAAUUAAAAAUAGCUACCUAAUUAGCUCUGAUUAGUACAGUACAAUCGAGAUAAAAAUAAAAAAGGUACCUUAAAAUGUCUUUGUAAUACUAAAACGUUUGCGACUUGCAUUAAUGUUUAAGAAUUUCUCGAGCAAAUGUUUCUUAAAGUUACUUUCAUUUGUCAUGCAUGUUUUUAAGCUUGUCGUCUAGACGAUUCCAAAGGCGAGUCGCGCUGAUAUGAAAUCUUCGCAGACCCGCGUUAGACCGGCUUUCGGUACAGCCAAGGCAUUAUUUAACAAUUAUUCGCCGAAGGCGAAGUUAAUAUUAUUCAACAAUAUUAACUGAGCCUGAGGUGAAUAAUUGUUUUAGUAUAUUCACACGAAGUUAUCUCAACAGAAUCAGAAAGAAAACCACUAAAAAACGAUUAGUUUGAUUGACAGGUGAAUUCAUGCGUGAACGAGAAGCCGUAAACAGUGGAUGCGCAAAAGUUAGAUCUUUACAGCAGGGGCACCCAACGACAAUUUUCGGAAAAAUAUCUGUUCGGAAGACGAUUUGAGAUCUAGAAUUUUCGAAACAUUUGUUGUAAAAUUUCUUGCUUGCCUGCCUCUCCUAGGAUUUUCGAACAUCUACGAAAUGGUAUAAUUGCCCAUUUCUAACGGAUUUUUACCCUAAUAAGGUCACCUAGAAUUUUCGGGAGCCUUUUUUCUAGCUGAAAUUUUCGAAAAGGUAAGUUUUGAUCCCUAUAAUUUUCGGAUCACUAGACUUUCAGCUAGGAAAUCCGAACAGAUUAAAAAUUUUUAGGGGAUAAAAAUAUGCCUAUAUCUACCGUUUAAAUACUAAAAUACGUUCAACAAUGCUAUGUUUAAGUGGUUUUGAACUACAUUUUCGUCGGGUGCCCCUGUUUACAGUAUCUUCAAACAUGGCAAAUGAUAGUUUUAAUCUUUUUUAAUCGAGUUUUGUAAGCUUUAGCAUCAACGGUUUAAAAGAAAACGCCGAAAAUUUAAUAAAUUACUACCCAAUUCUGAGAAGAAAAGUAGAGCUUUAUUUGUUUCUGUCAACUCACCGUGAAUGAGAAAGUUUUUCGCUUCUUGCAAAUGCUGUCAACAGCGGCUACGAUCAAGGUGAGCGUUGUUUAUCUCCAGUGUUCUUUGCCUUGUUAACUUGCUGGCACGUACAAUUUUCGAAAAUAUUUGCCUUUCUCUUUUCUCCAUAAAUUAACUUCUAUUUAUAGGCAAGAUUGGUCUUGCGAGAAAAUCCCGAAAUCACAAAACAGUGACAAAGCGACCUCGUUUUCCUCUGUAGUGGUAAACAUAGCUUCGAGCGUACAAAAAGUCAGCUUCAGCAAACCACUUUACAAUAAAUCACGCUGUUUAAACACCAUGAAGUCUUUUCUUGCCUUCAAAGUCAUCAGCACUUGGAUAUUCGUGUAUUUUCAAAAAGGCUUUACUAUGAAACUUUGGCAAAACACCCCGUUCACAACAGCGAUUUUGUUCUGCUUUAUAUUCACCGCCUAGCGCGGUGAGUAUAUACUAAAUAACAAUUAUUUCUAGAGCCCGAAUGGGGUCUGAGUCAAUAGCCCAUGAGGCUG